AUGGACGGCGGCACCGCCACCGUCUGCUCCAUGUGCGGGGACAUCGGCUUCCCCGACAAGCUCUUCCGGUGCGCGCGCUGCCGCUACCGCUUCCAGCACUCCUAUUGCACGAACUACUAUGGCGACGGGGCACCGGCCUCGGCGGGGGCUGAUAUGUGCGACUGGUGCCUCAGCGACGUCUCCGGGAAGGCCAGGGGGAGCGCGUCGACUUCCGGGAGGCAGCAGGCCUCCGUCAGCCAGGAUUCGGCCAUGACGGGCUACUCCGGCAGGAUCGACAAGGCGGCAACCGGCGGCGACCAGGAGAGCGGGCGCCGAGGGUCGACCAAGGUGGGAGGCCGCAGGUACAAGCUGCUCAAGGACGUCCUUUGUUAG